AUGAAAAAGAAGCAUCAAGGCAAUGCAAGGGUGAAACGUGCACACCUUCAAGCACUUCGCACUGACUUUGAAACACUUCAUAUGAAGCCGGGAGAGUCCGUUUCUGACUAUUUCUCAAGAACGACGGCGAUUGCAAACAAGAUGCGUAUCUAUGGUGAAAAGAUGGAAGAUGUUACAAUAAUUGAAAAAAUUCUUCGAUCGAUGAACUCAAAAUUCAAUUAUGUCGUUUGUUCAAUUGAGGAAUCGAAUGAUAUUGAUGUACUUUCAAUUGAUGAACUGCAGAGUUCACUGUUGGUUCAUGAGCAAAGAAUCAAUCAUGAUGUCAAAGAGGAGCAAACAUUGCAGGUCACAACUAACAAUCACUCUUCAACAUCCAGAGGAAGAGGCCGAGGACGAGGAAGAGGUAGAGGUAGCAGAGAAGGCAGACUCACACAUUACAAAUCAGAAGAUCACCAUGUUUUUGAUUCCCGAAGCAGAGGUAGAGGGCGUGAUAAUCAGCAAUCACUUGAUCAAGAAUCAAAGCCAUUUGACAAAUCAAAUGUCGAGUGCUACAGAUGUCAUAGGUAUGGCCAUUAUGGUAAUGAAUGUCGGACAAAAUUACAAAAAGAAAUUGGUGAAAAAUCAAUUUUUGUAGAGAAGGAAGAUGAAGUCACUCUUCUGAUGGCGUGUCAUACCAUGGAAGAAACACACCAUAACUUGUGGUAUUUAGACACAGAUUUGAAGAGCAAUUUGCUUAGUGUGGGGCAGCUACAAGAGAAGGGAUAUGAGAUCGUCAUUAAAGUAGGAAUGUGUCGAAUUCAAGAUCCAAAUAAGGGUCUAAUUGCUCAGGUCAACAUGAUGGCAAAUCGGAUGUUUCCGAUAUAUAUCCAGAAUGCUUUUCAUUCUUGUUUCUCUGUUAAGGUGAAAGAUUCAGCAUGGCUAUGGCAUUUUCGCUAUGGGCAUCUGAACUUCACUGGAUUGAAGACUUUAUAUCAGAAAAAUAUGGUGACGGGCCUUCCACAGAUUGAUAUUCCUUCACAAGUUUGUGAAGAAUGUGUUGUUUUGGGACACUUCUCUUAG